UCUGGAAAUAACAUUUAACUCUGUUUUGGCUUCAAUGUUCAGGAGAAAUUAGGAUCGUCAGUCGCUGCCUUUAGCAUCCAGAUAGAGAAACAGUUUUUACUCAUUUUGUAAAUCAAAUUAUGUAUAAUAAAUUCAAAAUGAUUACAUUUUAAUUUGAAACUGUGUAGAAAUUGUGUUAAAAAUGUAUAGAACUUGUGACACCGGAUAAAUAAUGUGGAUCCUAUCAAUCCUUGUCUUCUUUUUUUAUAUAUAAAUGUACUAAUUGGUACCAGAUGGGCUCUGUGGACUUUUCAGAAAUGUACAUGCUUUUUAGAAUUAAAAGUUUCAGUUCUUUACUCAUUUUAAUCAUUUAAGAUGUAGAGAAAAAUGGGAAGAGUCUCCAUGUUCCAGCUCUAAGGCCAGGUCAGUGCAGAGGAGUGUGUGACGAUGAGUCUGUGAUGACAAACUUCAUCCAAAUCAGAAAUGCAUACCCCCUCACCCCCCCAUCACCACCAAAGAAAAAAAAAACCCUCCAAGGACAGAGAGGAGAAGCUGUGUCUGUGGGCAAAACUUUAUGGAAAACCUCUAACAUUGUGAUCUCAUUUGUUUUUAUUUUAUUUAUUUUAUAUAUAUAGGUUGAAGACUACUCCACAACAUACUCUACAGUCCAAUAGACUCUUCUUCAUCCAGCUCCUGUGGUCACAUAGAUGAUGACAUUUACUCAUCUGCUUUGCUUGAUGUGAACUCCACCAACCACACAGAAGAUGCUCCUCCUCCUCUGAUCUCUGCUGUUACAUCAUUUUAACAGGACAUGAGAGCAAACCCAACAGCUGUUACAAACAUCAACACCGUUUGUCCUGCUGACCAUCACCUUUCUCUAAUGUUCCAGUGAAGAAAUCCUGCUCAGGUUGUUUCAUCUGUGGCUUUUGUUUCUUAGUUUCUCUUCAGGGAUGGUGGGUUUUUCAAGAGACAGGUCAUCAUGAAUUUAUGACAUGUGUCUUGAGCUUCAGAUUUCAUCUGUUAUGCAGACAAAUUGUGCAAAGGUGUCAGAAGAAGCAGCAUUUCUCCUCCGUUGAGCUGGAAGUCUCUUCAGGAUCCACUGAGGAGGCUGCAGAGACACGUAACUUCUUAAUCCUUCUGACUAUUUUUGAGCCUAAAGUCUCAAUAAUGAUUAAUGAUGAAUAUGUGAAGUUCAAACUAAAAAAAGAAACCCAGUGCCACAUUGUUCCUUUCAUUGACUUAUUAUUUCAGCAGAGAAUGAAAAAAAGAGACACAAGUGAGAGGUUUCGGAACAGCUGGUGACACAACAGAAAGGAAACGGUCACAUGACCUCCCCAGUUGGAUCAGAGCUCAGAACAACGUUUUGAAACAGAAGUAUUGCAGAAGUUUUAAAACGUUCCAAGCUCAAUCUUAGCAUCCCCACUGUUCCACGCUCCUUCGUCCUCAUAUCACUCCUCACUGUCUACCGGUCGUUCCCUCAUGGCGUUCCUGACAUUUCCUUUUGGAUUAAGGAUGCAGUGUGUUUGUUCCACCAGAAUUAUCAUUAAACUCUUCCUAUGUGAACUCUUUGCAGUGAGUGUUUGGGGAUCUGGUGCUGACAGUGAGUGCAUAACCACCAAAUGUCAUUAAUGUGACCCCUUAAACCUAAUGCAAUUUAAGACAAGAACAUUUCAAUAUUUUUUUAAUGAAUUUUAAUACUUGAGGCUUGACUUGGAUUUGCACAAGAGGGACUUGUGUUGUAACAAACAAGUCACUGAGCAGACGGUGAGUAAAACGUUACUCACUGUGGACCUCAAACUACUUUGUUCCAGAAAAAAGUCACGUUACUGCAAUACAUUCGCUUUCCAAUGAGCUCACAGGAAGAUUCAGCCCUGAACAUGAUAAAAGGUCAUCUAAAUGUUUUAUUUAAUGUUAAAGUAAACACAAGUUUCUUCUAUUUCUCAGUGGAACAUCUUGUGUUUUAAAGAGGUUCAAAUUUUAAUAAAAUGUUCACACCAUAUUUUUACCGUUCUUUUUUAGAACACGAUUUUCAAGGGAAAAAAUAUUUCAAAUCGUAAAAAAAAAAAUCAACUUGUGAGAUUGAAACUCCUUAAAAAGUCUAAAACACCCUCCGUAUCUUUUAUUCUUUUGCUUUUUUGUCCAUAUAGAAAUAUAUCAAUUGUGGUCUUUCCUGUCUUUCUAAAUGUUCUCUGCAUGAGAUCUUUUACACAAUAUCUGUACAAAAGUUACUUUGAAAAACUCUCAGAGGAUUUUUCUUUGCUUUAGUGCUUCAGUCUCCACAGCAGACAGUCUGUGUUUUUAUGGUGGUGAUGAAGUUUAGAUCAACACAUUUGGACGUUUCAGUGAGGAUGUAUGAAAAUAAGAAUGUAGAUCAUUGUACGUCUGCAUAGAGGGAAGUGAAACAAACUCCCUAAAAAUAAGUUGUUGCUCAGUGACCUACAGAAAACAUUAAAUGUUUAUAAUGACCCCUCCAUCCGCACUAUGGAAACAUAAAAGUGAUAAAGAAACGUUUCCUUUUCAAAAGACGGGCUGGAUUUCCUGUGUUUAAAAUGUUUAGUAUUAAACUAUUUGAGUAUUAAAACUGCAGUGAUGAUACAGAGGUUUAGGUCUGACCAUGUAGGUAAAUAAUGGAUCGCAAAAGUUGCUACAACAGAUCAAAUUACAAAUGAUUAUAAAGUAAAACACAAGAAUCACAUCUGAUUUGCUGAGAGCUAGAAUGGUGAAAUUGUGUAAUUGAAGGAGGAGUUUCAGCUUUAAGGAAACAGAAGUUCCUGUUUUAACCAGUAAUAGCAGAAAAACUCCAUCAUUCACCAUCAUGAGAGUCUGUCCGAGUCUGAUCUGCUGUCUGUUCCUGACAGCUCUGCAGAACAGAGACUCUCUGGUUGAUGCACAAACCAACAUCUAUACAAGACGUGAAGGAGAAGACAUCACUGUUAGAUGUAAACUCACAUUUUCAGGGGACAGGAGGCUGUUCUGUAAGGAAACAUGUGAAGGAGGAAACAUUCUCAUAGACACAUAUAGAUCUGAAGAUCAGAGAGAAAGAUACAGCAUUAAAUAUGAAUACCGCUUUAUUGGAUCAAGUAUUCUAGAUGUGACGAUCACUAAACUCAGAAAGUCAGACUCAGGUUUGUACAGAUGUGAGCUACAAGAAGACUGGUUUCCAAAUUCAGAAGACAACUUUAAACUUCUUGUUAGAGAAGCUUCAGUAACUUCAGCCCCAACUACACAGAUAUCUUCAGUCCAGACGACGAUGACAAUAACAACAACAAUAGAAUCAACAACAAAGAGUUUAGACUCCACAUCAACCUCACAUCAAACCACAAACCAAAAACCAAGAUCAGGCAUUCUGCUCUAUGUGGGUCUGACUCUGGUGGGCCUGAUCUUCAUGUUUUCAGUGGCUUUGCUGAUUUUCACCAGGAGCAGGAGAUCCAAACAGAAAAAGGAUCCUCCCUCAGAAACACAGUAUGCUAACAUCAAUCUGAAAAACCAGGAGAUCAGGGAGAACGCGUCGUCUCCUGUGAGAAUAUCUACUGUGUACGCUAACGUAAAAUAUAAGAAUGGCCAGAGAUCGGACAGCACAGACGUGUACAGCCUCGCCGACUGUCCUCAGAACAAAGCUGAAGACCACUCCAUAAAAUACUCUGUAAUCCAGUUCCCCGUAUCAGCUCCACCCAGCAGCGCCCCCUGUGGUCACAAAGAUAAUGACAUUUACUCAUCUGCUUAGCUUGAUGUGAACUCCAUCAACCUCACAGAAGAUGCUUCACGUCCUCCAAACUGUUGCUCUACAUCAGCGGUCUGCAACCUUUACUACUUAAGGAGCCAUUUAGGCUGAUUUCUCACUGACUAAAACCCAGUGGGAGCCACACAUCCUUUUAGAAAAAUAAGACUUUGUAUUUAUGGUAUUGUUAUUUUUAUAAGAAAGAUAAAUAAACUAUUAUUUUUUGCCUUUAAGAGAAAAUAGAUUCACAAGACUUCCUUUCAAAACAAAAGACUUCCUGUGUCACAUAGCAUCAUGUCAGUGACGUAAAUCUAGUGGUAGGUAGUGUAAUGCCAGCAAUUUAUGUUUAAAUGUAAGUACUUUUUGUUUAGCAAGACAUUUUAAAGCUAUAAAACCGAUGUUAUGUAUUUUCAGAUCACUGGCAGCUAUGUGUAAAUAUAGUUGACCUGCAAAUAUCAAUGAUGUUAUUGAGUGGGGUAACGCUGGGUUCACAUUGCACGCUGAAGCGCCGCAAAGCGAAGGCGCGCCGAAUCACCUUCCGUUUACACCAGACGCGUAUUUUCCGCGAAGCCACAGGCGCUUCUGCUCAGCUGGGGUUAUUUAAAGCUUCUAUAAUUUAUUUGACAUCGUUCAUCUUGACUUGUCGCCAACUGCUCUCGGCCUCGAUUGUGGUUAACAAGGGUUGAGGUUAACAUGGGUACUGAAUGGAAGCGGCCUCCAUUCUGCGCCAAUUCUGUUUUUCUAGCAAAAAUAAAUAAAUAAAAUAGAUGUUUGUUUCACCUUGAGGUCAUGUCAGAAAAAAGUCCAUGCUCCUAAUUUGUUGAAUCUCAAAAACAACAUAAAAGUAACUGGUGAAACUGACUUUGAUAUCAAACUUUAUUAUUCUGAGUCAAAGUGUAAUUUCUGCAGUAAAGUUGAAUCAUAAAAGUGAAUUGAGGAGGACUGAUUGUGAAACAAACAUCUAGCAGUUUUCUAGCAAACGGAUCUAACUUUAGGUCCUUCGGUGUUCACACCAGCCUUAAACAGGAAGUGAAACUCUUGCACCUGCGGACAUCCGUGUGAUCAUUGUUGAGCUGAAACGGUUGGACAGCCUUCAGACUUCCUCUCUGUAGAACUCAUCCUUCAUUCUACAAUAGACUCUUUUCACGGUGACGUCAGACAAAAGGUCGACACGGCUGUAAAUAGGAUUUGUAACUUUCGGUUUACCGGCAAAGCUGACAACUGAACGUUGUGAAACACAUUUUUACACGAAUAAUUAAAGGUAACCUUACUAAUUGUGAUGGAAAGUAGUCUUCUGACAAAUAUCCUACCUUACUGUUGAUUUUCCUCUCUUAGAUCGUUUAAAAUACAAAUCCUCCAAUCAACUAUAUCAACUUUUCAUUUGAGUCGAUAUUAUUCUACCAGUUUCUAUUUUGGCUGAUGUUUUUUGCACGUAUUUCAAGUGCGAUCAAACACAAAAGCCGAAAGAAGUUCAUGAUGGCCACAUUUAACACCUUCGGCAAAGACUCACAUUGCUGCAUUCCCCGUACGCAUUUUAAUCCCUUCCCAGGAGAAAUGUACUUGUUGUUCUACGGGAUAUUUUUGGGGAUAAUUGUAAAAAAAUGAAUGGUUUGGUUUAGUGAAAAUGUUAAGAGCAGCUAUCGUAUUUUCAGCUCUCAAAAUAAGAGCGGCCAAGUAAAAAAAAAAUAAAAAAAAUCUAGGGCCAAACAUGUUUUAUAACAUUACCUGGAAAUAGUCACUGUCAUAUUUUUGGCAACAGUUUUCUAUUAAUUUGAUCCUUUUUUACCUUUAUUUUCCCGGAGAUUGGACACAGUUAUAAUCGCUAGCGUUAGCAUUAGCUCAGAUUAAGAGAAUAUUUACCUUCAUAUUUAAACAAGCAGCAUUCAAUGAAGUUACCUUUUAUUAUUUAGGUAAAAUUGCUUUAAACAGCGUUCAGCUGUCAGCUUCCAUCAACCCUGUCUCUCCUCCUGACUUUUCUGCUGGUUGUCCUUUCUCUAUUGAAGCAAUCCUGGUCAUUUUGUUCAUCUGUGGCUUUCAUUUCUUAAUUUCUCUACAGGCAAAGACAGUUUUGCAAGAGACUAGUCUGUUGAAAUUUACUGAAUGGCGGAAGUGUGAAUUGCCUCAAAAAUAGGCAUUUUAGGACUAUAUGUGUGACUGGGUGUGUUUGUUUGUUGUGUGUAAUAUGGAGUAAAGUUUAUCUAUACACCGGUAUUAAUAAUGUGUGAGCAGAAUCAUGUCCUGCGUUUGGACUAGAGAUUUCUCAGACAAGUUAUGCAAAGGUUAGUGUCAGAAGAAGAAGCCUGUCUUCCUGUUGAGAUAGAAGUCUGCCUUCUAUGAUGAUGUAAUAGCUCUGCUCACAUGUUAGUUGUUAGGAAUUGAAUCAUUUUCUGACAGUGAAACUGUCAAGUUCUCAUGUUUGUGUUACAUGAAAAACUUCCAUUUCCAUUAAAACUGUUGCUUUGUUUUUGCACAAAACAGCUGGAUGUCAUAUUUAACACAUCAUGAUUCAUUUAACUAAGCUCCAACAGUGUUGUGUUGUUCUGUUUUGUCAUUAAAUUACCAAAGAUCUU